AUGCUCCUUUUGCCAGUUCUCAUUGAGGAUGGCUGGAUCAAUAACCAGGCAUUCUCGGUCGACCUCUCUGAACUCGAAGACUGCUCCAUAGCCGUCGAUGCGACCUACUAUCUGAGCCAGCUCCUCGACACCCCGCCUGCCCACGAACCUCUACUCUCGGCUCUCGGCGGCCUGACUGGCAUCCAGACUCACAUCACCGAGAAUCUCAACCUUUGGGAUAAGCAUCGCAUCGUUCCCUUCUUCGUCUUCAAUGGACAGUCCAUUACCGGCCAAGACGAAGUCGGCCUCAGGCGUCGGCGGACUGCGAACAAGAAGACAGACGAGGCGUGGGAUCUGUACUCGAGAUCGGAAGCCGAACAAGCCGUUGCAACCUUUGGCGCCAAUGCAGGUGCCUACAAUGUCCACAACUUGUACCCGUUGUUGCAGGGAAUUUUGAAGCAGCGAGGUCUUCAUUUUCUUGUGCCUCCCUACAAUGCAUGCGCUCAGCUGGCUUACUUUGAGAUGAUUGACUCUGAUCAAUGUGCCGGCGUCAUGGGCCCUCAGGAGCUCCUUCUCUACCCCAUCAAGGAUGCCAUCAUUCGCUCCCUCGAUUUUGAAGCAAACAAGCUCACGGCCAUUUCCAAGAAGAAGAUGAUGCGCAUGCUUGGUGUCACGGAGCCCAUGUUCAUUGACGCCUUACUCAUGACUGGAACCACCUUUCUUCCCACGUUUCCCCCUCUGCUGGACACCUCGAUGUACACCAAUCAUUUCAGCAUCAUGGACGCCGUCAACAUGCUGAGGACCUCUGACAAGUCUGUCGCCAGUGCAUGUGCAUCCUUCAACGACAUCCUGCAGGCUCAAGAUGCCAAUUGGCUGGACAAGUACAGGAAGGCACGGAUGGCCGUUCACCAUUUCAUUUAUAUCGCCGAAAGCGGCGAGGUUAUUGUCAACGAUUUCGAGCGCCUUACCAAGGACAACCACGAAUAUCUCGGCCUCCAGCUGCCCGCGGAGCUCUUCCACUAUCUCAACACGGGACUCAUUGGCGCACGCAAUCUGAACAGUAUAACGCACGGUCAGAUCGUGGUGCAGCCAACUCUGGACGGUGUUGUGUCUGAUGAGUACAAGAAGCUCGUCACCGCGAAGCUGGUCCCAAUCAAGGAACAGGCUCUUGGCCUGAUAAUUCCUCGUGUCCACCGUGGUAUUGGACACAAGGACAUCUCACUGCGUGUUUGGUUCGAUCCAAAGUUCUCUCACACGAUUAACCAUCGUGCACAGCAGCCACCUCCGUCACAACAGGUUGGUACUUGGGAUGUCAAGGAGAGCGACCUACGCAGUGUCUUUCCAGCCGGCUUCGCAGGCCCCAUCUACCUGGAGGUUCUGGCGCUCGCUAACGCCGAGUUCGUGGCCAAGACCAUUGCCAAGGAGAAUAAAAUCAGAGGAAUUGACAGCUUGGAAAUGGUCACAUCUGUUGCCAUUUGGCGAUUUCUUCACCUGAGGGGCUACGUUGGCGACUCCCACACGCUGACCAAGUGGGGGAACGCAUUGGCGACCACCUUUUUGGCUCUCAAGGAUGCCGCAGAGAAUCGCCCCGAGGUCCCUGGACUCGGUGAAGCAGCACUCCUUGCCUUUGAGUUGGUUCGUCAUGGUGUGUUGGGAGCCAGGCAUCAAGGAAACAUCGCCGGCCUGCCUCGCAGAGGAACCGAAGAAGACAAGACUAGCCUGGUGCUGAUCAGCCAAUGUGCGACGCUUUUGAAGUUGCGUCACCAGGUGUAUGGCUACAGUGGACCCCUUAACAAGAGUCUCCUAGCAUUCCGCUCCCAGUCGUCGGCGGUUCGCGAGGUGGAUCGCGAUUUGAUUGAAGCUAUCGUGGCGUCCAUGUUCAUGUAUGGGCAAAGUAAGAGAGACAGAGAAGACUACCUAGAGAUAAGCCAAAGGUUGGACAGACACACCACCCCUCCCUCCAAGAUUGUCCAGUCUAUACAGUUACUGACCCGCAUUUCCCUCAGGCUCCCAUUUCUGCAAGAACCUGACAUUGGAUUGGGCAUUGCCGUGCGGACAUUCUUUGACGAAGAUGACAUGGCGCACAGCAAGGAAAGGCGAAACGAACGACUGGAGGAGUUCCCAAAGACUUUUGUGCCGUUUGCCGAGGCCCUGACAGACGACUUUCGUAUUUGCGUGGAUUUCAUCAGUGCUCUGAAUCAAGGUAUGCAGACUCUUGGCUCCGACGAACUGCCUGCGCAGGACAGAACGGCAUGGAGCAAGGCUCAGGCCUACCUGGACGCUCGACCUUUCUGA